AUGGUGCAGGACCCCCCCCCCCCCCCGCCCCUUUCCUGGGAACAGUUACCACCGCAGUUUCUGUGCAGCCUCUGACACGAGCCUCCCCACCUGCCUGUACCUGGACGGCCCUCGGACCCUGCUGGUGUGGCCCGUCGCCAGUCCAACCCGUUUAAACAGCGGCUGGACUUCUGGUUCCCGGACGGAGCGGCUCAGACCUCUGUCCUCCCCCGGCGGGGUCUCCUUAAACAACACAGCGGAGUCAGGAAGCAGCAGAAGUCAGAAGAUGAGUUUCAACAGCCCAGGGAGGGUCCGUGGGUGCAGGGAGGAGCUGUAUCCGGGGUGCCUGGGCACCCGUACUGGGAGGGGCCGGGCGUUGCUCCAGCUCUCAGGGCACAGCCACCACAGACUGGGUUGAAGACGGUUCAGUUGUGUGUAUUUGAAGCCAUUGGGCCUGGUUGGUCCUGCCCGUGAGGGCAGCCUGUGCCCGACUGCCAGGCCAGCCUUCGCCGGGAGGGCCCCGGGCAGGUGUGCGAUUUGGGCACCCUGGGCUUUCGGCCCCUCUCUGCUCAUCGCCCUAAAGCAACAUUUGCCCGUUGCCAACCCACAGAACUCUGAGCCGUUAAGCCUCGUUCUUAAAUGGAAGCGUCUAAGAAAAUCCAAAGUACACAAGAUAAAAAUGACAUAAGAGGAAACAGUUUAGGAAAAAAACUGAAAAACCCCAGUAAGUAUCUUCGAGAGAUUUAAGAGGAGAACGCAGUCAUAAAACAUGAACAGUUUGCUGUAAGAAAGGAACCGUUAUACCUCCAGCCGGCUCCCGGAAACCUGAAAUGCACUUGCCAAAAAAAAAAAAAAAAAAAAAAAAAAGAAAUCAAUAAAAAAGGAUAUAGUUGGGGAAAAUUUCUAGAAAGUAGAACAAAAGGGAGGAACUAUAAAAGAAAAGGGAAAGGAACUUAAAGGAUCAACACAGGAGAUCGACAUCCAGUGAACAGAAGUCUCAGAAAGAGGGAACAGGGAAAACAGAGUAGGCUUCUGCAGAAACAGAAGGAGCAAAGGCCCCGAGUUGGAAGGGGGACUCGCGGCAGAGACGCUGCCUCCUGCCGAAUGCAGGACCCGAGGCGCUAGUGUAAAAACGCGAAACGCCAGGUUUAAAGACACUGAAGAAUUACCUAAAGAAAAACCGUAUUCAGCUGCGAGGAUGUUAAAAUCAGACUGCACUGGGUCUCGAAAAGCUGCGCGAUCGAUCGCGUUCCGGAGGGCAGCGGAGGUGUGGUUUCAGACCAGCGGGAAUCGUCAGCGCCCCGGGAGGGGCCCCCUCUGUAGUGAACUUCCCCAUCGCGGGGCACGUACACUCGGGAAAGUGCAGGAAGGGAGCAGACCACGGAAGCGUGUGUGUGGAGAGACCCGCCCAUCACCUGCCUCCCAGGCGCUGACCCCGGGUGGCCUCUCUGCUGACACCAGUUACCCAAAUGUAUCCACUAAGCACCGUUCCUUCAGGCGUCACUGGGGGUGUGAAAUAGGGGAGCAAAGAGCGAGGGAGCGACAGGGCCCUGGGGACCCUGGGCUGAUGCCACGGAGUAGGGGCGCGCCUGCACCUGCCCACACGGGAGCAGGCCCGUCGAGGGUCCGGGAGAGGCGCUCCUGGGGAGGGAAGGUACCCGGAAAUUGGGCAGUGAGCUUCCGGGGGGGGGGGGGGGGGGAGAAUGUGAGUCCACGAAGGGCAGGGAAGGAAGGAAAAGACCCAGCGGACCCCGCCCAGCAGGACUCAGGUGAUGGCCCAAGGCUUGUGCAGCUGGGCCCCCGCGGCACCUGAGCGCCCCGAGCACCGUGUGAACCGCCUGGCCCGCAGACAGACUGGAGACAAAGCACAGGAGACUCAAUUAUAUUGAGUAAAAAUAGAAUGGAAUGUUAUCAACCUUAACAAGGUGAAGUGUCACGUCAGCGCCAGAGGACGCCAGAGUAAGAGAGACGGGCCCUGGGCCAGCCAGUACGUUCCCAGGCCAGGCAGGUGCAGAACUCCCUGAGACGCUGCGACACGCUGGAUUGCUCGUUUAAUUUAAGGCUUAAACAGCUCCAAGAAAUACGUAGAAGCCUGUGCAUCACCGCGGAGGACUUGAUCGGAGUUUCUACUUUACUGGUUUAACGAGUCCCCAAGAUCCUCGGCUCCAACCCGGGCUUACAUUUUGGAUUGCUGAUGAGGCUCAGAACAUGCGCGUGCCCCAGCGUUUCACACCGACAGGCAGAGACACACGGGGUGGUCCUUCUCACGGGCCCUCCUCCUCCUGCACCCGCCUGGGGCCUGCGGGCCCGGCAGCCCCGGGUGCCCUGCACGCGCCCUGCUGCCUCCCUGGGACCCCUGCGGCCACCUGCCAGCAGCCGACUUGCUGAGCUAGGAUUUCCCGUGUUGGAAACAGGAAGAAUAAAAAAUAAUCCUCUGGUUACGCAGAGACCCGGUGAGCAGAUCAGUGCGCCCUGAGCAGGCCCCUCAAGUGCAACCCAGCUCUGACCUUCCGCAGAGACCCCCUUCUUCCCAUUAUCGAUUCUUUAAUGGCAUCUAAUGAUGAUGUAAGGAGGCUGCCGGCCGGGCCCUUCAGUGCCAUCGAUCACUUGUUAAGGAUCAGAGAGGCACGCCCAUCUGCGUACCCCCGACCCGACAUCCCUAGAGGAUCCUGCGCUGCCCCAGGACCCCUCCACCCCGUCCGCCCUGCCCCCUCCGCCCGCCCCCCCCAGUCUUCCUGGCCCUGCCCCCUCCGCCCGGGCCCCCCUAGUCCUUCUGUCCCUGCUCCCUCUGUCCGGGGGGGGGGGUCCCCCGGGACUGCUCCCUCCUCCCCCCGACCAGUCUUCCCAGCCCUGCCCCCUCUGCCCGGGAUCCCCCCAGUCCCUCUGGCCCUGCCCCCUCCGCCCGGGCCCCCUAGUCCUUCUGUCCCUGCUCCCUCUGUCCUGGGGAUCCCCCGGCCCUGCUCCCUUGGCCCGGUCCCCGCCCCACCCCAGUCCCUCCGGCCCUGCCCCCUCCCUCCCUCACAUGCUGUGUCUCUCUCGUGUCCCGCUGGCAGGCCUGCGUCCCAGCUCUCCGUACCUGAAGCACACGUCUCACCCCCCCAUCUGUCUAAAUCCUACCUGUACUCUCAAGACACAUCUCAAAUAUCAUUUCAAAUGUCAAAUAACAGAGUGAUCUUUAAAAAAUAUAAAUCAGAUCAUGUCGUUCUCGUGUUUAAAAUCUUUAAUGGUUCCGACUGCCCUUUCCACACAGCCGGAGGGCACCCUGCACCAGGCCCACAGCCCCCGUUUGGGUGCCCAGUGUGCUGGCUGCCUCCAGCCCCCAGGCCAGGCCUGGCUCGUACAGACUGGGGGGCUGGACCCUUGGUGCCCUUCGCCAGGAACGUCUUCCCGGCUUCUGCCUGGCCUGUGUCGCAGCCAGGUCCUUGUCCAAGUACACGGAACCUGGGGGACCCUGGCCCUGAGUGCCCACGCAGGGUAGCUGCUGCGGCGUGCACGCAGCGGCCCCGGUCCCCACCUGUGGAGGUGACGUGUGGCCCCAGGGGCCUCGCAGAGGCAAUGGACGGUGCAGGCGGUGAGAGCGUGAGGCGGCUGCCCCCAAGGGAAUCGUGUGUUCCGGAAAGUGGGAGGGGGCAGGUGGGUCAGAGAGGCCGUGGGAAGGGCUCACCCUGCCUUGCUGCCUUGCAGGAUGUCACAGGGGAGGGGCCGCCUGCCAGGGACGCAGGUGGCCCCAGGAGCUGGGCGCGGCCCUCGGCCCUGCAACCCUCUGGUGGGGGACGGUGGUCCCAGGGCAGCAGCUGGCCCGCAGUGGGGCUGAGCCUGGGGCCUCCUCACCUUCCUGACCCAUUCACUCCAAGGUGACACAUUCUGUGGUGAAGCUGCUCCACUUGUGGUAAUUGAUUAGGGCAGCGACAGAAAACCAGGAGGGACCUGUUCAUCCCUGACCACGCCACGCAAUUCUGUUUUCUCUGAGGCUCUUGCCCUCUGAAGUGCAGUCAUUUUGUCCUGUCCCUUGUCUGUCUUCAGAGCCUACACCCCCAGCUGACCUGUGAACUUGGCAGGCAUGCCCCCCUACUCACCCUGUGGGCACAGGUGGGCGGGGGGGG